AUGAACUCAGCCUCAGCAGAUGUCUUAAAUGGAGGCUUACUAGCUGCUACAGAGAAUGUCAUUGUGGCCUCCAUGAAUUACCGUGGAGGAAUGUUAGGUUUCCUGUACUUGCCGCCAGCUGCCCCAGGAAAUGUUGCAUUGUGGGACCAACAUCUGGCUCUGAAGUGGGUGAGUGAGAACGCAGCUGUCUUUGGCGGGGAUCCAGCUCAGUUGACUCUCCUUGGCCUCGGUUCUGGAGGAGCCUCAGUUGGUUUCCACCUGCUUUCACCGGCAAGCCAACCCCUUGUUGCCCGUGGUGUGCUUCAUAGUGGAGUUCCCACUGCCCGCUGGAUUUGGAGGAAUCCUGAAAAGGCUGAAAGAGAAUCAGCGAUGUUGAGUCAGCUCAUGGGGUGUCCUAAAACUAACCACAGUGCAAUGGUCAGCUGCCUACAGGGGAAGGAAAUUGAGAGCCAUGCACUUUCUGAACUCUGUGGUAUCAGAUCAAUAACAGCGGAUGGGGAAUUUCUCACCGAUGAGCCCAGAAAGCUCCUGGAGAGAGGCAUUCAAGGCAAACCUAUUCUCACUGGUGUCAUGGCUAAUGAAGACUCAUUCAUGGCAUACCUUAUGCUUCCUAGUGCUGAAGUAAAUGAUGGGAUCCUGACCUGGGAGCAGCUCCUUCAGCGGGUGCUGGAAACUCUGAAAACAGAAGAGGUUGCGAGGGCUAUAGCCCUCAAAUAUGCUGAAUACUUUCAAGGGCCAGAGCGGUACCGUUUGGCCUUGAUUCAGUAUUUGGGAGAUUAUCCCCUUUUAUGCCCAAUGAUGGAGUUUGCUGCAAAGGCCAGAGAAGUUGGGAGCCCAGUUUAUGCUUUCUACUUCAGCCACCGCAGUUCUGGCUUUCCUUGGCCAGAGUGGAUAGGGACCCCCCACGGAGCAGAGAUCCCCUACUUGUUUGGAAACUUGGCAGCAUCAUUGCGGAAAGACCCAUCGGAGGCGGAGGUGGAAUUGAGCCGGCGAGUGAUGCGAUACUGGGCGGAGUUUGCCAGAAGCGGGUAAGGUAUUCACCUUUCUGUGCCAAGGACUAAGUAUGCCUGCCCAUAUAUGCCAACAUGCCUUUUACUAUGUUUUUAAAAAUAAAUGAAGUAAUUAUCUUGUUGCACACCAUCCCAAUAUCUGAGGGGUGCUAGAUUUCAGGGUUCCAGGCGUUUCACCUUGGUUUGGUUUCCUUGGGAUGAAGACUGCUGUGUCUUUAGGAUAUAUGGUUUAUUUGCACACACACAGAUAUACAACCUGCUGCUAUGAUGGAGAGGCUGACAGCAUUAACCCCCCAGUAUGUCUUGGACCCCAAGAAUUACAAGGAAUGCUGGGAUCAUGCAGGCUACCCUCCCCCAGACUCACAACAAUAUUUUCAGCUGCUGAUUUUAUUUAUACUUUAAUUUUUUUAAUUUUUUGGAUUACUUUUUGUAAACUUCUGAAUGUUAUUAUUUUAAAAUAUCUAUUCUGUUCCUGCAAACUGCUUCGACAUCUGACAAUCCACUUAAUUAAAUAAAAAUAAGUAAAUGGCGGAACCUGGAUCAUUAAACCAUCGUAAAAAACAACAACAUGUGCACAUACAUUUCAGUGUAUACAAAUCUAAAUGUUCCCAUUUAGUAACUGAUCUGUGGUUUUCAGAGCUGAAAAUGUUCUAGGGAUGACUACUUGCUUCUGACUUUGAUGUCAGCUCUGUCUUCUUCAAGCAUUGGAUCCUCACCCUGAAAUCAGUCUGAGGCUGUAAUAAAGCUCUGAUUUCUUUGUUGCGUCUACAGGAAUCCCACCGGAUCUGCGCCGAAUGAGGAACAGUGGCCGGUCUACAAUGCUACAGAGCAGAACGUCUUCCCCAUUACCACAGAGGCAGCCCAGGACAAAUGGACGCCACCUGGUCCACGAUGUGCUUUCCUGGCCACUCAUCUAGCAAAUGAAAUAGAAGGAAGUGAGUUCAGGGCUCUCUUCGGAAAGGGGGGAUGCCCAGCUCUGGAUUGGGAACCUUCAGCCCUUAGUAGUGCAAUUGCUAGAUGAAAAGAUGGAGAAGGGAUUUUAUUAAAAGGGGGCAUUUUUCUCUUAUCAGAGGUCCUCCACAAACUCCCCACAGCUGUCUUGUGCCCUCAGUGCUCCAGGGUCCCUACUCUCCUCCCCACUCCCUUACUAACUUAUCCUCUGGCUUUUUCAGGCUUUAUCAAACAUUAAAAUAAGAGCCACCACAUGAAUAGUUAUGUUAUCUGCAACCCAACAUUUCAUGAGUUUUGUUUUUUUUAAUUGCCAAUUGCUGGAGAAAUGUGGAGAACUGAAUCAUAAGAACAGAGAAAUGAGAAGCUGGGAGAACCAAAAUGGGCAGAUCUGUUCAUCCAUAGUGGUUAGUGGUCAAGGUUGAGCAUUACAGGCCAACAACAUCUGGAGGGCCAUGUGUCCCCCAUCCUCCUUUUUCAUUUUUUAAAAUUCAUUUUUAGUUCCCGCAGCAUUCUGGUACAGGAGGCAUGAUGGCUGGAGCCUUGCUGGCCUCACUGCAGAAGCCACUGCGAUAAAGCAUUUUCAAAAAUGUGAGCUGGGGAAGGGAAUACUUGCUCCCCUUGGAUGCCUCAGAGAACUUCCUGUGAAGCAGCUUAGGACCCCAUCUUCAAUGGGGCAUGAGGAGUACCAUAAGAAUCCAGGGUGGAAGGAUUUUGGCCUGCUUUUGAUGGAAAACAAAAACUGGGAGACUAAUCAGAUCGCCUGCAAAAGGGGUUUGAUCUUCUGUUGAUCAAUUACUUUCCCCAACCAUUGUUUAUUUUUCCUUUUGCAGGGAAAUCUGAAGAAGGUUGUAUACCACCUGUUCAAGAGAAAGAUGUGAAGAAUGAGGCCCGAGAUGGCGAAAACCAUGCCUCAGGAACUGUUUAG